UCCCUCCCCCGCGCGCCCUCCCUCGCCGCCUCCACCCGCCGCCUCCGGCCCCCCCUCACCGGGGACCGAGCGCGCUCGCUCCGGCGCCGGCCUCGCCUCCUCGCAGCAGCGCCAUGGAUGAGUUCCACCCGUUCAUCGAGGCCCUACUGCCUCAUGUCCGCGCCUUCGCCUAUACCUGGUUCAACCUGCAAGCGCGGAAGCGCAAGUACUUCAAGAAACACGAGAAGCGGAUGUCGAAAGACGAGGAGCGGGCAGUGAAGGAUGAGCUGCUGGGCGAGAAGCCUGAGGUCAAGCAGAAGUGGGCGUCAAGGUUGCUGGCCAAGCUGCGCAAAGACAUCCGGCCGGAGUGCCGUGAGGACUUCGUGCUGGCCAUCACCGGCAAGAAGGCGCCAGGCUGUGUGCUCUCCAACCCUGACCAGAAGGGCAAGAUGCGGCGCAUUGACUGCCUGCGACAGGCCGACAAGGUGUGGCGGCUGGACCUUGUCAUGGUCAUCCUCUUCAAGGGCAUCCCUCUGGAGAGCACCGAUGGCGAGCGCCUGGUCAAGGCAGCACAGUGUGGCCACCCAGUACUCUGCGUGCAGCCACAUCACAUUGGUGUGGCAGUCAAGGAGCUGGACCUCUACCUGGCCUACUUUGUGCGUGAGAGAGAUGCGGAGCAGAGCAGCAGUCCCAGGGCAGGGAUGGGCUCCGACCAGGAGGACAGCAAGCCCAUCACACUGGACACAACUGACUUCCAGGAAAGCUUUGUCACCUCUGGCGUGUUCAGUGUCACCGAGCUCAUCCAAGUGUCCCGGACACCUGUGGUGACCGGAACAGGACCUAAUUUUUCCCUGGGGGAGCUGCAAGGGCACCUAGCAUAUGACCUGAAUCCAGCCAGCACUGGCAUGAGAAGAACGUUACCCAGCACCUCCUCCAGCGGGAGCAAGCGGCACAAAUCGGGCUCCAUGGAGGAAGACGUGGACACGAGCCCUGGCGGUGAUUACUACACGUCACCCAGCUCUCCCACGAGUAGCAGCCGCAACUGGACAGAGGACAUGGAAGGAGGCAUCUCGUCCCCAGUGAAGAAGACAGAGAUGGACAAGUCACCAUUCAACAGUCCGUCCCCCCAGGACUCUCCCCGCCUCUCCAGCUUCACCCAGCACCACCGGCCUGUCAUCGCCGUACACAGCGGGAUUGCCCGGAGUCCCCACCCGUCCUCAGCCCUGCAUUUCCCCACAACGUCCAUCUUGCCCCAGACCGCAUCCACCUACUUCCCCCACACGGCCAUCCGAUACCCGCCUCAUCUCAACCCCCAGGACCCGCUCAAAGAUCUCGUCUCACUGGCCUGCGACCCAGCCAGCCAGCAGCCCGGACCGUUAAAUGGAAGUGGUCAGCUCAAAAUGUCCAGCCACUGCCUUUCCACCCAGAUGCUGGCGCCUCCGCCCCCGGGGCUGUCUCGGCUGGCGCUCCCCCCUGCCACCAAACCCACCGCCACCUCCGAGGGAGGAGCCACGUCACAGACCUCACCCACCUACUCUACGCCCGACACGUCCCCUGCAAACCGUUCCUUUGUGGGAUUAGGACCAAGGGAUCCUGCAGGCAUUUAUCAGGCACAGUCCUGGUAUCUGGGAUAACACAGGUCUUCUUCCCACGCCCCGUCUCCAUCAUCCCAAGAAUCCCAGGGGCCAGCACAGCCCCCACGUUUUCAGUGGAAAAUUAGAGCGAGCGAGAACACCCCCGCCGACUCUCAGCCUGGCAAAAAGAAAAAAAAAAAACAUACAGAUGCAUACACCACGAAGGAAGAAAAGGAAAACAAAAAGACAAACAGGAAAAUAAAAAUAAGGAAAAAAAACCCAAACCCACCCAACCAAGAAGACAAAAGGUAAAGACGUUUCCAGCUCUCUUGGGAUGCCAAGGCCACAGAAUUGGAGGGCCAGGCCCUGCCACCCAAUGGGAGACCACAUGACGGGGCGUCUUCCUAAGUUAUUCAUCUCCUGUCCACCCGCUGCUCCAGAAGGACAGAUGCCCAACUCUGCCUGAGACCAGGUGAGCACAGCCUGGCAUCCACACCCAGGCCCAACGGGUGGGACAUCCAGAAAGACCACCUCUCCCUGGGCAACCCCUGCUGGAACAUGGACCAGCCCCCCCUGUGGAUCAGUCACUGGUGGGGACCAGGAAAGACCCAGGAUCCUGGCUGGCCAUGGGCAGCAGAGACCUUGGUGGCAGGUUGGCAGGUGGUGAGGGCACAGGAGGGUGUGUGGCACGACGGAUGCACAGAUGGAUGUGUGGCAGGCGCCUUCUGCCCCUCAAGAGGGUCCUGCUGUUUGGCCUCCCCCUUCCAUGCCCCUGCAAAAUGCUCAGUGGACUGGCUCUCUCUCGCUGGGGACUUGGUCUCUCAGCCCUCACGCCUGCCCCAUUUGGGAGGAGAAGUCUCUAUGCAAUUGACCCCAGCCAUACCCCCAGGAUAGGAGGCCACCCCCUCACCUACUCCCAGCCCAGCUUGGCACCCCCCCAGGGGAGGGAUCCAUGUUGCACACACUGUAAGAAAUGCACUUUCCAAGGAAGGGGAUGGGGGGAGCUGGGAGACCCAGAACUACCUGAGAAAUCGGAGUGCUCCCAAAAAAGGGGGGUGCCCCAGUCUAGAGUGUCUGGGAUGGGAGGAGCCUCCCCCCAACUAGCCCCUGGAGGUGGGAGGUGAGAGCGAGUGGUUUAAGUGCCUGAUCUCCAACACCCGCCCCCUCCUUGUCCAGCUGGGAUGUGGGGGGCUGCGGGCAUCCCUCCCCCUCUACCCCAUCCCUGCCACCUCCCAUCGUGAACACCUCAUUGCCAUGUCCCCCUCAGAGCUAGAGAGAGCUGGGCGUCCCCCAAGCACCCCGCCCUGCGGGGGGCACGGGGUGGGUUCUGGGGAAGCCGGAGUGCCCCCACGCCCCCUCUGCCAGUGCCUUACAUCCUGGAGUGACACCCCAUUCCUCCCAGCAAGAAGCGGGACCACCUGUUUGCACUUUCACCUCCCCCAGCAAGUGAAGCAAAGUGGGACACAGUGGGGAGGUGUCAUCACCAGGCCCCCCGGAAGGAGAAGAGAGAAGGCUGGGUGGACAGGUGGGAGGUGCCCGCUCAGAGCCUGGGCGGGGAGGGCUCUGGCUGGUGGGGGUUGUCAACGCCGGCAUCUUGGGGCCCCCUACAGCCAUGUAGGGGCCUCCCAUCUGCUAAGCAUUUUCCGUUGAGCCGCUCCAAAAACACUAAGCUGGGGAUGCCAGGUGCCCCCACGCCAGCUCCCUGGCCCCAUCCACGCCCCUGUCCCCAACCCCACCCUGGGAUUGCCAUUUUGAGGGGGAGGCCUGGGAGGAGUAUUAGAUGUUUUUAGGGCCACCAAGCCCAAACAUAGGGACCCCUCCCUGGGCCAUCCAUCUCAGCCCCAACUGACCUUCAUGCCUGGCGCUAGGGAAUGUCUGCUAUCCUCCAGCACAGUUCCCUAACCCCUGCCCUCAGGUCAAAGCCAUUGUCUAGGGCGAGGCCUCCCAGUGUCACCCAUUCCCGGCCUGGUCCCAACUCCUUGGAAACCAGACUCUUCUCCCAAACCAGACUUUUCUCCCCCGGGGCUUGGCAAACCCACUGGAUCCUAAAGAGAAAGACCCCAGACAGACCCUUCCCCACCAACCCCCCACCCUGUGCCCAAAGAGGUUCCCCUAUCCUCUGGCCUCAAUCCCUUGGUUCCUCCGUCCAUCCUCAGGGCCCCUCCACAGGGUGCGUGCUUGAGGAUAACAGCAAGGGCCGCUCUCCAGGAGGGUGGGAGAGUCGUGCGGUCAGGGGUAUCCAGAAGCUUCUCAGCCAGGGUGGGGGGGUUGGUGGGUGGGAGCGGGUCGUACUGGGAUUGGCACAAGGAGAACCGACUCUUUACCUAACUUUGCAUGGUGCUUAGUCAAGGACUUCUGUGACCUGGCUCCUGACGUCAGCUCGCAGCGGCUGACACAUGCAUGGCAGAUUAUACCUGGCUCUAUCCUCCCUUCUCCCCCUUUCCCUCCAUCCCACACUUCCUCUUUGAAAACAAAACAAAACAAACAAAAAAAAAACCAAAAAAAAAAGGUACAAAAAAUAUAAAAAAAUUCCAUGUUUCCUAAUUUGCACGAAAUUUUCUACCACAUGAUGUGCCUUGCCUUCCGAGAAUAAGUAUUACCUUUAAACAAUAUCAGCGCACACAGAUAGCUGCAUGUACUGCUCGUGUAGUUAAAAACAAAACAAAAAAGAGACAAAACAAUGACAUGAAAUAAAAAAUGAAAAUUGAAAAGGGAUGUAUUUCUAUUUGUAAAAAAAAAAAAAAGAAAAUGAGAAU